AUGAUACUGAACUGGAACCCAUAUCAUGCUGUCGGUGAUGGCAAGACUUUUUUUACUUGGACCGCAGUUUGGGCCGAGGAAUGCCGCCGAGCCCAGAACAUCCCUAUUACGAAUCCCUUCGAGACACCAGCUUCCAUUUUUGCCGAUAGAGUGCAUGUGCUGAACCCGAAGCCUCCUGGUGCUGGGAAAGGCGGGAACCUAGAGGAUCUGCGUCAGUAUCAGGUAUUAACUGACCCGGCGAAGCAGCUAGAAAAGGUCCUGAAACGUGACGGACAUGUUGGCCAGGUGUUCUACUUCUCCAAGGAAUCACUAGAGAGACUGAAGCAGGACGCAUAUCCUGAUGGACCAACUUACAUCUCGACCAAUGACGCGUUGUCGGCGCUGGCAUGGAGAUCGAUUAUGGCGGCGCAAUUUCCGCUCGAUGAGAUCGAAGGAGACCCAACGUCCAUCUUUAACAUGGCCGUGGAUGGUCGCUACCGAAUCCAGCCACCUGUUGACCCUGGAACCCUCGGUAGUUUCGUGCUGUUUAUUGAAAUGACUAUGUCUUUGCGGAAAAUGCUCGGAACACAAGAUCUUAAAGAGCUGUCAGCGUUGAUCCGCAAAGCCGUCAUUGAGACAAACAACUACCCAGGCGGCUUUACAAACGAUGCUAUCGCCCUCAUAGGGAAGUUGCAACACGUUGCCCUUCUGACGCCGAAUGCUUUCCUGGACUCGCCUGGACUCUCUUGCUCCCAGACCUCGUGGGCCAAAUUUGAGCUUUACGGCCUCGAAUGGGGUCCCCUACUUGGGGACAGGAUCCAGGCCAUUCGGAGUCCAAGCUGUGGAAUCCUGAAUGGCAUGCAGAUCAUGAUGCCCACCCUGCCAGACGGUGGUCGAGAGGUGCUGUGCGGGAUCGAAGAACGAUGCUUGGGCCGGCUCCUCGCUGACCCGCUGUGGAGAAAGUAUGCUGAGCCAAGAUGA